CGCCACCAUUUCUAGUGAUUUUUCCUCCCCUUCCCCCUCAUCAACUUGGCCAUGACUGGGUUCAUGAGGAACCCAGAGAUGAUCUGGGUUCGUCCACCAUUUCCAACCAUUUUUCCUCCCUUUCCCCCUUAUCCCCUUCCCCCUCAUCAGCUUGGCCAUGACUGGGUUCAUGAGGAACCCAGAUUUGCUUUAGGUUCGCGUCAACCCAGAGCAGAGCAGACUUCGGUUCGUCGACUGGAACCCAGAGCAGAUUUGGGUUCGUCGCGAACCCAAGUCUGCUCUGCUCUGGGUUCGGCGCGAACCCGGAUCUGCUCUGGGUUCGGCGCGAACCCGGAUCUCUUCUGGGUUGUCUCUGGGUUCCUCAUGAACCCAAUCAUGCCCAAGAAAGGGACGAGGGGAGGGGAGGGGAGAAGAGAAACAGUGACAACCAAAGGAAAAAUGGCUGAAAACGGUGGCAGUGGGAAGGAGAACAAAGAGAGCACAGAGGAGAACGAUGGAAAGAAGAAUAGAUUAAGGGCAUUUUAGUAAUUUUAUAUUUAAAGAAUUGAAAAAGAUUAAGAAGGACAAUUAAGUCUGACUUGGCAUACUCCACGUAAGCUAAUUAUAUGAGUUGUCAUUGCCACGUCAUUAAAAAGUGCCAUUCUGG